CGCGGUUGUUGUCGCACAAACAGAGCCAAAAUGGAGCACUUUCGCACUGGAGUGUUGCUGAUGUAAAUUAUAGCUCCUACAGUGUCAUGUGAGUUUUGUUUGCUUCCGUACGAACUUCAGCUACAAGUGUAAGGUAAGCCUACUAUCAGUGUGUCCCCUUGGCUAUGGCUGCCACCACCUCCAUCAAACCCUUCAGCCCAGAGGAAACCCGGAGGAUUCUGGAUCAUUUGCAGCAGCCUGCAAUCUUUCUGAACAUGACCUGCAGCUGGCCUGUUCUCAGCUGGACAGUAGAGCAUCUUUCUGGCUGCCUCGGUGACAAACUUGUCCGAUUCAGACUCGGGAGGAAAGAGGAGACAAACGCUCCUGUAUUUGAGACACAGUGUUCUUAUGAGGAGGCUAAAGUGGCUCAGUUUCUCAGCUGGACCCAGGGUCAGUUUGGGACAGAUGUGGGGCCUUUUUCUAAAUAUUCCCACUCAGAAUAUUGGGCCUACGCUGACUACAAAUACAUCGCCAUGCUGUUUCACGAUCAGCCUUCGAUGUUUGAGGAUGUAAAGUGGUCCGAAUUUGGUUUCGAGGGACGUAAUGGGAGAGAAAGCACCUUAUGGAUCGGCACAGAGGGGGCAAAUACUCCGUGCCACCUUGACUCUUAUGGCUGUAACCUGGUAUUGCAGGUUCAAGGAAGGAAGCGCUGGCACCUUUUUCCUCCAGAAGACACAGCUAAACUUUACCCAACCAGAGUCCCAUAUGAGGAGUCCAGUGUCUUCAGCCAGGUGGACGUUCUGCAUCCAGACCUGAGAAGGUUUCCUGCCUUUCAGAGUGCCAGAGCUCAUGUCGUCACCUUGCAGCCUGGACAGGUGCUUUAUGUUCCCAGACACUGGUGGCACUAUGUGGAGUCAGUGGAUCCCCUCACCGUCAGCAUUAACUCCUGGAUUGAGCUGGAGAUGGAUGACGUGGCAAGAGUUAGUGAAGCUGUGGCCAAGACGGUUGUCUUCGCAAUUAAAAGUGCUCAGAGUGAUGACAACACUGACAACUGGCUCAGCCCCACAGAGGAAGAAAAAGCAUCCCAUGAUGAGAACAUGCAGUAUGUGAACCUAGCGGUGAGGGCUUGUGCUCAAAGACAGCAGACCCAGAGCCCAAGAGACACCUGCCGAGUCAAGCGGGACUCGAGUGGACAAAUCAAGAAGAACCGAGCCUGUGUUUGGAAUCGUGCACCAUUCAGUGUUCCCUUUGGUCCACAUCUCAUCUCUGUAUGCUGUCAGCAAGAAGAACUGAGUUUGACCCAGAAACAUCUGGACGUCAGCUCUUCCAGGAACUGCACCACCGGCUCAGAUGCUGAAUCGAGAAGCACUUCUGAAUUGACUGUGAAACCCCAUGAUGGAAGCCAUGAAUGUCGCUCUGGUUUAACUCAAAGUGGACCAUGUGACUGUGGAAGAGGGACAUCAGAGCACUCUUCAGAGGAUUAUAAGGAGUUUAAACAUACAACAAUAACCACUAAUGACCUGUUAGGCUGCCUGGUGCAUCCUGAUAUCAUCACUCGUGUCACAGAGCUUUUAUUGGAAAGACACAUGGGAAAUCACAGGAACACUGUGCCUCUCUAACUUUAAUAUUCACCUGAGGAAGACAAUAAGUUUUGCUGAAGUUUGCAGUGGUUUAGAGAUGUGAGCAAGGCAAAAAAAAAAAUCUCUGGCUGCAGAAAUACAUCCUCUAAGCUACCAGUAGUGUUGUGAUGUCAGUUAUUCUUCUCUCAUUUGUCAAUUUCUCCUUACCUUCCCCCCGAAUGUGAGAAGUCACACCCAAAACUAAUCAUAAUCACUGUCGAGUGGCACUAACAUUUCCUUUAUUUGUUUUCCUGCACAUGCUAAUCCUGUUUGAUUCCCACAGAGUAGGAAAAGUGACCACUUAAAUCAAUUUAUUAUGCUAGUAAGCAAAAUAAUUCACAAUAUUGCAGGUAUGCAAACAUUUGUUUUCAGCGUAAUGUUUCUCUGUCGGUAAGGGGUGUCGUCAUUGUGCAGCCACAGAAGGCUGAUCGUAAUGGUUUUGUGAUUGAUGGAACCUGCGUUAGGAGCAAUGAAUGAAAUAGGACUGUUUGAACAGUCUGCUGCCACAGGUCACUCAUGUCAGAGGAGACAAAGGACGGGUGUGCAGUUAUAGGAAGGGGAUAAUAAAUACAAUAUUUUCACAGAUAAUUUCUUUUCUAAACUUAAUUUCUUGUAUUUGUUUUCAACAACAUAGAUGACAUUUUACACAUCUAAGCAUAGAUGGUCACAGAUAUAAAAUAUUGUGGCACAAAAAUAUACCCGGUCGUUAUUAAUGGGGAUAAUGCAAAAGACAAGAUUCGACAUCAGUCAAGAGUUUAUUUAUAGAGCUUCAUAGGGAGGAGCAUCAUUUACUUUUUCCUGAAUAAACACAGUUUGCAUCUUGA